UACGACUGAGCAACCACAAGUCCACAACUCAAGCUGCUGGUUCUCCUCGCCACAACAGCAAAGUCGAACUUAGCUAGCUUCCCGAUCUCGCCAUGGACGCCGUGCUCUCGUCGUCCUCGCCGCAGGAACCGCUGCGCAUCGUGAUCGUCCCGUGGCUGGCUUUCGGCCACCUGCUCCCGUACCUGGAGCUCUCGGAGCGGCUUGCGUCGCGUGGCCACCACGUGUCCUACGUCUCCACGCCGCGCAACCUCGCCCGCCUCCCGCCGCUGCGCCCCGCCGCGGCACCGCGCGUGGACCUCGUGGCGCUCCCACUGCCGCGCGUCGACGGCCUCCCCGACGGCGCCGAGUCCACCAACGACGUUCCCGACGACAAGCGCCCGCUGCACUUCAAGGCCUUCGACGGCCUCGCCGCGCCUUUCGCGGAAUUCAUGGCCGCCGCGUGCGCCGACGUGGGCACGAGGUCUCACUGGAUCAUCGCGGACUCCUUCCACCACUGGGUCGCCGCAUCUGCGGCACAGCACAAGGUGCCAUGCGCGUUGCUUCUCCCGACAGCAGCGAUCAUCGCUAUGCCCGGCCAGCCGCCGGAGCAUUCCGCUAACGGCGAGGCCGAGCCCGCCGCGCCUGACACCGUGCCCCGUUACGAGCGGAAGGCGUUGGCACAUGCUUUCGCCGACGAUGGCGAGUCGGGCAUGUCCACCAUCCAGCGCUGGACCCUGACCAAAGAGAAAUGCGCGCUGGCGGUCAUCCGGAGCUGCGUCGAGUGGGAGCCCGAGUCGUUCCCGCUGGUGCCGAAGCGCCUCGGCAUGCCGGUCGUGCCCCUCGGCCUUCUGCCGCCGCCACCCGACAGCGGCCGCCGUGCCGCCAGUACGAACAGAGAGCAUGCCACCGUGCGCUGGCUGGAGACGCAGCCGCCCGGUUCGGUGCUCUACGUCGCGCUGGGGAGCGAGGUGCCGCUGCGCGCGGAGCAGGUGCACGAGCUGGCACUCGGGCUGGAGCUCGCCGGGGCAAGAUUCAUCUGGGCUCUCAGAAAGCCCAGCGGCGCCGCCGUCCUCGACGAUGGCGCCGGCAUGCUUCCACCUGAUUUCCAGGAGCGCACGCGCGGACAGGGGAUGGUGACUACGGGGUGGCUUCCGCAGAUGAGCAUACUGGCGCACGCCGCCGUGGGUGGAUUCCUCACGCACUGCGGCCGGAACUCGCUCGUCGAGGGGCUCCUGUUUGGGCAACCGCUUGUCAUGCUGCCCAUCUUCGGCGACCAAGGGCCGAAUGCGCGCCAAAUGGAAAGGAAGAAUGUAGGACUGCAGGUGGCGAGGGAUGAGAACGAUGGGUCGUUCGACCGCCAUGGCGUCGCAAGCGCGGUCCGGGCCGUCAUGCUGGAGGGAGAGGCCAGAAGGGGCUUCGUAGCUGGUGCAGCCAAGAUGCAGGAGGUAGUAGCCGAUACGGAACGGCAGGAGAGGUACAUCGACGAAUUUGUACACCAUCUUAGAUCUUACAACGUUGGUGGAGAUUCCACUACUCCCCUGCCCACCUUCACCUCUAGCUGAAGACUUCAUGAAUAUCAAUAAUAAGGCUGGUGCCAAUGCACCGCCCGCCUCCCGCCCCGCCACGUCAGUUUUUCUCUCACUCUCACCCCACUCUCACCUCACUCUCAUCCCACGGUGCCAGUGCACGGGCUAUAGUGCGAGCUCUCGCCCCACUAGCGCCUCCCUACCGCCCCCACUAGCACCGCUAUCGCCUCCCUCUCGCCCCACUCUCGCCUCCAACGCGGGCUAUAGGCGGGCGGUACCGCGCCCUAACGCCGGGCGCCCGCGCCACCGCCCGACGCUACCGUCCCGCCCCUCUCCCGCCUGCCUCUCGCCCCGCGCUGGGCGGUAGCGCCUCCACUCCCGCCCCCAUUGGCACCAGUCUAAGGAAACAUCGAAUGCAUGAAUUGAAUAUUGCCCAAACAUAUUUUGUCAAGAUUUUCUGAUUCCAUCGUGGAAUAUAGACAUCACUGCCCAUGUAGGUUGGUUUGAGGACUAGCGAUGGAGGUGUGAGUCUCUGUAACGUAGAAGGAUUUGUUUGGCAAUUUGGGUUUCGCAACAACAAUAUGCAAGUGAGGGCGGCUGCACAAGUGAAGUUCAGAGUCUUACUUUUCAUGGUGAAAAUCCAAGAUCUGGCCUUAAUUGAUUGUGCCUGACAAUGAUCUUCUUGAGACAUUGUUUUGAGAGCGGAGACUAUGUUCAGGGGAAAACCUAAAGAUGGCCUUCGCAGAGGGCAGAUCCUGCAGCACCGGAGCCUUCGUGAGGGAGAAAUCGACGUCCUCGUCAUCGGGGCCUCUCCAUAAAUAUAUCCAUAAACACCAUCACCAUCUCCAAAAUCCACCUCGUUUUCCUCAUACUUUGUGAUUGAUUGAACCGUGUGUAUUGUAUAUAUGAUAUUUGCAUGUUUGUGAUUGACACCUUGUCUUUAUUUGGUGGAGAUAUUAUAUUUUU